GCAUGUAACUUCAGAAUCACUCCCUUUGAUUCCAUUCUCUGCAUCACCACUUUGAUUCAUCACCACUGUGACAACUGAACGAGAAGAUUUGCAGAAAACUGAGAAUUUCCAAUUCAUUUUUCAUCGUCGUCUUCCUUCUUUCUGCAAAGAGGGAAUCACUAUCAAAUGGAGUCUGGUGCAAUGGUUAUUGGGUGUAGCUGUAACUUACAUAAGAGGCUGAUGGGAAAUGAGGGUGAAGACAUAUUCAACACGCUACCUGAAUUUGUUGUAGGUCACAUACUCUCUCUUCUCCCAACAAAAGAUGCAGUUCGGACUAGUGUAUUAUCCAAGAGUUGGUUAUCUCGCUGGACAUUCGUCAACAAGCUGGACUUAGAUGAUAGUGUGUUCUAUUCUUCAAAGAAGAAAACUGUGGCAAAAAAGCACUUCAUGAACUUUGUGAACAGGGCACUUCUUCUUACCGAAUCUUCAAGUUUGGACAGCUUCUCUCUUGUGAUCUCUAACAAGUAUGAUGCAUGCCUUGUUAAUACAUGGAUCUCUAGUAUCUUGAAAAGGAAUGUAAAAAACCUUCGUAUUAACUCACAUUUUGAUCAACAUCUCCCCUUCUUCGUUCUUACAUCUCGUUCACUUUUAGCCUUGAAGUUAUUAGAAGAAGUGGAAAUCAAAAUGUCUUCUUGUGCUAUAAGAGUCCCCACCGCCCAUGUCCAUUUUGGAUCCCUAAAAGUCCUCAAGUUGUCUGGAAUUGUAUUUACCAUUGACGACUAUGUUAAGUAUCUGCGCCUUAGAUUACCGGUCCUGAAAGAGUUUGAGUCAAAAAACUGUGUUUGGUUAAAUGCCAUUUGUGUUACUUUGGAAGCACCACUACUUGAAAGAGUUUACAUAGAAGACAGUAAGACAACAUCACAUGAGCUACGUAGGGGUGGAAUCUGGAUUUACGCUUGGCACCUUGCAGAAUUCACUUAUUGUGGUUAUGGGCUAUGGCAGCAUAUUGUUCUGUCUGAACCAUCAGUAGCUCAUAACGCUUCAGCUAAUAUCACUAUAAAUCUGCCUGUUACUCGACCAGUAGGACUUCAGGGAAUACAGCUUCUCAAACAAUUCAGUCAAGUGAAGCAUCUCAAAUUUGACGGGUCACAGGUUACGACACUAAAAGGAGUGGCUAAUCUACCUGUAUUUGGAAUGAUGAGCCAUUUAGAGCUUGGCUUAGUUACUGCUGAAUUUUUAUUAGGCCUACUUUUAAAGUCACCAGUUCUCAGGACUCUACAUUUCAAGGGAAUAUAUAGCUUCGAGCAAGAGCUUUUGAAUUCUGGUGUUGUGCCUGGUUGUUUGAGAGCUACCCUGCAGGUUGUGAAGUUUGAAAAUUUUAAUGGACUCGAGCAUGAGCUGUGUUUAGCUAAAUUUCUGAUAGAGAAUGGUGGGGUGCUGGAGAGGAUGAGUUUCUCCCUUGUGAGUAGUCAGCUGGGAAAAUCAAAGAUCAUUGAAGAAUUUAAAAAGAAGUUGUUCUCAUUUAAGAAAUCUUUCUCCCUUGCUAUUGUGGAAUUUUCGAAUGAUUAAGUUACUACAGAACUAUGGGGUAGGCACAGUCGUACAGAUCUACAAUGUUUUUUUUUUGGUAGUACAUAUCAUUUGACCUUGUGAAUUUGUACCUACAAGUUAUCCAGAAAUGGUGAUUCUGAAUUUUGGGGCAAAAUAUAUGUAACAGUAUUUUAGUAGGAAGAAUAUUUCAACUUUAGUACAUUCAGGCUCACCUCUUCCAUCCGAAAUUCACCUCUCUUU